CUGCGACGCCAUCUUCAGCGUAGCCCCUGAAAGCUACGUUCUUUUCCCGGUGCGCCUAAGAAGGCAACCCUUGCGGUUAAGAGGCUUGGGCGCGGGGUACGCUGGGAGUUGUAGUCCCGGCGGACACAGACUUACGGAGUCUCCGGAAGCGGAGGCGUGAGAGGCGGGGCUGUGCGCAGGCUCUGGGUAGCGGGACGCCUGACACCUGCGGGGCAUUGCUCCUGGGGCGGGUCAUGAACGGGCCGGCCGACGGCGAAGUGGACUACAAGAAGAAAUACCGGAACCUGAAGCGGAAGCUCAAGUUCCUCAUCUACGAACACGAGUGCUUCCAGGAGGAGCUGAGGAAGGCGCAGAGGAAGUUGCUGAAGGUGUCCCGGGAUAAGAGUUUCCUCCUAGACCGACUUCUGCAGUACGAGAACGUGGAUGAAGAUUCUUCUGACUCAGAUGCCACUGCAUCUUCAGAUAACAGCGAGACAGAGGGAACACCCAAGCUGUCGGACACGCCAGCCCCCAAGAGGAAGAGAAGCCCUCCGCUGGGGGGCGCCCCCUCCCCCUCCAGCCUCUCCCUGCCUCCUUCAACGGGGUUUCCCCUUCAGGCCUCCACGGCCCCCUCCCCGUACCUGAGCUCGCUGGCUUCCCCUCCCUACCCCCCAUUCCCUUCUGACUACCUGGCCCUGCAGCUGCCCGAGCCCAGCCCCCUGAGGCCCAAGCGGGAGAAACGGCCCCGCCUGCCCCGGAAACUCAAGGUGUUUCAGAGAGAGCAAGCAGUGCAGAGGCCCCCAGGAGUGCGUGUGUCCACCUGUUCACGGACCAGGAAGGAGGCCAGUGUGGUCAGAGGCAAGGGAGGGGUGGGGGGGUGGUAAGCAGGUGAGAGAAAUAACCAGGGGGCAGGAUGGUGGAGCGCCCUCUCGGUGUCACAGAGGCUUCGCUUGUACCGUGAAUGAAAUGGGGAGCCGUUGCAGGAGGUCAGGCAGAGGGGAAUCUGCUCUGCUUUAUGGAACUCACAGCUGUGUGGAGAACGGACCGGGGAGGCACUAGGUGGGGAUGCAAGUGGAGAGACCCCCCCCAAGCAGGCUCCUGCAGUAAAGCAGGUAGAGCGCCAAAAAGUGGCUGAUGCAUCAAUUUCGAAGAUGGAGCCAUGGGAAGACCAGCGUGGGCUGUGGGAAAGAGCAGAGCCCAGGGGCGGCUCCAGGAUUUGGGGCCCGAGCAACUGAAGAAGAGGGGUAGCCUCCCUCUGAGCCCGGGAGGUCCGGGAGGAGCAGCUGUGGGAGGGAAGACGAGUUGGGACAUGCUGAAUGCUGUCAGGAAAGGCCAGCGAGAUCCAGGAGGCCGCAAGCCUGGGGCUCGUGGGGUGCACUGAAGUCCUCAGCGUGGAGGCGGGUGUGAUUGUUGGGGGAGAACGUGGCUGGAGAGGAGGGGAGAGAGGCCUGCGCGCUGAGCCCUAGGAGAGAGUAGGGCCCAGGAGGUACAGUGCCCUUCCAGCUCCGAGUCAGAGUGGAACUGGGACUAGAUACGAAGCUUUCACGGCGGGUAGACGGGAGCCAGAGGCAAAAUGGGAGGUCACGUUUGGGGUGGUUAGGAGUGCUGGUUCGGGGUUCAAAUCCCAGCUCUGCUGCUUAGCCUCCAUGUGACCUCGGCCCCCGCACUCUCCUUGGCAGGCUUUUGCUUCUGGCCUGUAGGGCGGGAUGGUGCGCAAGGCCAGGGGCGGGGAAGCCUGGAGCCGAUGGGUGGAGGCGUGGCACGCGUGUGGCAUUGCUGUGUGAGGCUGAGGUGCUGGGUCCUGCCGGAGAGGUGACGGGGAGCUGAGUUGUGGCCAUCGAGGAGAGAGGAGGUUGGUUGAGAGAGGGGCCCAGAUCAGUUGCUGUGGUGGAGGAGGGGGUAAAUCAGGGAAGGCCUUAAAGAAGAGGUAACAUCUGAGCCCAGGGGAGGUGAGAUUUGGAAAUUGCAGGCUCAGCAAGAGUGGAAGGAAGAUAGGGACCUGGCAGAAGUGUUGUUUGGGCUGACGCAGGAGAGAGAAGAGAGAAGGACGGCGGACAGAAACAUAGGGUGAGGGGGGAUCACAGAGGCCUGGGUGCCCAGGGCCAGGAGGUCCUUGUAAAGGGGUGGGGGUCACUGAAGUUUCUGGGUGGCUCAAUCUGAGGAGACAAAGGACAGCCGUGAAGACAGGAGCAGGUCAGUUAAGGGCCUGGGCCCCAGUCAGAUGGAGUGGAUUUGAGUCCUCCACACACUUCGGGCAAGUCAUUUCACUUUCUGAGCCUCAGCUUUCUUCUCUGUUCGGUGGGGUCAGUGUAGAGUGAAGUAAGUUCAGGAAGAGAAAACACAUAGCCCAGUGCCUGGUUCCUAGUAAGCUGUGGCUGAACAGGAGGUGCUUUUGGUCACACAGAGGCCAUUGGGGAAGGCCAGGAAGGGGUGGGACGUAGGGACUUAGGUGGAGGUCCAAAGGUGGCAGCCAGAGGAGGGGGGGCUGUCCUCAUGGAGCUGGGCCUCUUGUCUGUCACCAGUCCUGGCCAAGUUCUGUACCCUGAGGCACUGACCAGGAGGUAAAGGCCCACUCUGGCCCUCCACCACCCCAGGGACAGCAGCGGGGCUGGGGGCUCCUGGAGAGGCAGCUGGUAGGCCAUGAGGGCGGAAGGUGUGAAAGUAGGCUCCGGGGGCCACUGUAGAGACACACGUAAGCACUUCCUGCCGCCGCCACCUGGGGCCAAACGGGACCUGCCCAGCGGGGACCCAGAGGGCACCCAGCGGGCACCCAGUGGGCCUGUGCUUCGGAGUCUUCAUUUGCGAGUCUCAGAUUCCUCCUCUGGCCCGUAACCUUCCCUCCCUUCCAGGGUGGUCGGAACGGGUGUUAAUGGCAGUCACCUGGCAUGUAGCAGGUGCUCGGUUUGGGCCCACAGAGCUCU